GCUCACUACUUGAUCAACUAGAACGAACUCUGGCACUUGAUGCAAGCCGCCUGGCUUUGUUGUAUUUUUGGGUACGUCGGUAGUUCUGAGUCGCAUUUUGAUUUUUCAGGUUACAAACGCAAGCCGCACUCUUUCCAGCGUUUUUGAUGACAUUUCGAUUUCGCCUCUUUAUCUUACUUCAAAGUGGAUUAGGCAUCCUAUCGCAUUAUCGUGAAUAUUAAAACAAAAUGGUUGAAGUUUUGCGAGCCCCCGACGACGAUCGGAGCUGGGAUUGCUCGCAGUGUCAGCACACAAACGUCGCUGUGGUAAUCCGGAUUUCUCGUCCCUUUACACAAAGUUUUUUUGAUGAUUUAGCUGAACAAGAGGAUAAUUCGAAUUCCUAUAGUACUCACUUCUUCGCGAAAAAUGUGGCGAGGACUUGUAUCACAAAAGGAAAAGUGUGAAGAUCAAAACCUUUAUCAGGUCGAGUGCAUCUGCAAAACCUGGCUCUGCAUCAAGUGUGGGAACCGGAACCUAAAUUUUUCCGGUCGUCUGGAGUGUAACCGCAAGGCCUGCAAGCAGUGGAAAACGACGGAGAUAACCGAUUUCGAGCUCCUGACUAUUCGCGAAGGUCGCGACAGUUUUCUGGCUCAAUUUUGCCGAAGCCCGACCUAAUGCAUGAGAUUUCUGUAGUCAUGAUCUGCGCCGCGCUAAUCAAUACCGAAUGAGCCUGGUUGCUUUACAUGGUGAUGAAAUUUCAGAAAAAAGUACCGCGAGCUCCGGCAGUUUCGACUCGCCAGACCUCACAUCUCGAAGGAGUUGCUCCCGGUGUGGUUGCUUGAAGUCCUGAAAAAUUUUGCCUUCCACGGACUUGAAGAACCCGUUAUCGCGGCGCGGGUCGCGCCAAUGUUUUCGGUGGGAGUCUGGCCCGAGCCCACCUGAUCAACAGGCUGCUCGACAAAGUCAACAGUGGCUCAAGGCCCAUCCUCGCCCAUGGCAAUGGGAGACACAACAUCUUUCUGGCGUACGACAAUACACGCCAGUCCUCGCAGGGUUUAGGGUUAGCGUUCCGUCCCCAAGGUGGUGCAACAUGAGAACCUCCGGAUCUGAGGCGUGCCUCGGCGACCCAUCGACCGUUGUGGCCCCUGCUGGGUCCGCGCUAUCCUCAAUGAAAAAAUGGGACUCAAAUUUAGCUACUCUUGAUUUGCUGUAGUGGGACCCGAAAAGUAGAAGAUAGCUAGACUAUUGCAGUUCUGGAAUGUGUCAAUGGCUAGCUAGAUCAAAACAUGUUUUCUCAUCGAUCAAAAGCGUAUUCUUUUCCAGAUGCAGGUAGAAGCCGGCACCCAGACGCCGCGGCCUAGUCGCUCGGCAGUGGUGCGGACGGGAACGAGGAUAAAGUCGCUGCUCUGGGUUGUUCCUGGAAAUGCGAGGUGGUGGCCACUGCGGUGACGAACUCGAGGCCGACCCUGGAGACCGGAGGCGGAGUCGACGAAUGGGCGUCGGAGAAUGAAAAAAUUUGAAAAAUUUCGUCUGCGGACAAAAUUCACGUUAGUAUGCAAGCAGUGGAAAACGACGGAGAUAACCGAUUUCGAGUUUAUCAAAAAG